AUGCCAUGCUCAACCAGCUCAAAGAUAAAUGCUCUUGAUGUAGAAUAUCUCACCAUUGGCAAAGGCGCAGCAGACGCCAAGUCUAUUGGCGAUGGCGAGGAGUUCGAGCCCACCUUCCUGGAGUCUGUUGAUCAAACUGACUGCGACCCAGAAGCUCCAACGACUACUGAACACCCAUACACCACUACCCACCGAUCCAGACCUACCACCAGUAGCUUCCCAUACACCACUUCUAGCUUCCCAUACACCACUUCUAGCUUCCCAUACACCACCUCUAGAUUCCCAUACACGACUAGCAGAACCCCAUACACCACUUCUAGCUUCCCAUAUACCACCUCUAGCUUCCCAUACACCACUAGCAGAACCCCAUACACCACUAGCAGAACCCCAUACACCACUUCUAGCUUCCCAUACACCACCUCUAGCUUCCCAUACACCACUAGCAGAAUCCCAUACACCACUAGCAGAACCCCAUACACCACGUCUAGCUUCCCAUACACCACCUCUAGAACCCCAUACACCACUAGCAGAACUCCAUACAUCACUUCUAGAUUCCCAUACACCACCUCCAGAACCCCAUACACCACUAGCAGAACCCCAUACACUACUUCUAGCUUCCCAUACACCACCUCCAGAACCCCAUACACCACUUCUAGCUUCCCAUACACCACAUCUAGCUUCCCAUACACGACUAGCAGAACCCCAGACACCACCUCUAGCUUCCCAUACACCACCUCUAGCUUCCCAUACACCACGUCUAGCUUCCCAUACACCACAUCUAGCUUCCCAUACACCACAUCUAGCUUCCCAUACACCACCUCUAGCUUCCCAUACACCACAAGCAGAACCCCAUACACCACCUCCAGCUUCCCAUACACCACUAGCAGAACCCCAUACACCACCUCUAGCUUCCCAUACACCACUAGCAGAACCCCAUACACCACCUCUAGCUUCCCAUACACCACCUCUAGCUUCCCAUACACCACAUCUAGCUUCCCAUACACGACUAGCAGAACCCCAUACACCACAUCUAGCUUCCCAUACACCACCUCCAGAACCCCAUACACCACCUCAAGCUUCCCAUACACCACUAGCAGAUCCCCAUACACCACUAGCAGAACCCCAUACACCACUAGCAGAUCCCCAUACACCACUAGCAGUGCCCCAUUCAUCACGACCAACUCUGGAUUUCCCCGAUUCCCUGUAUACCGUCCCGGUUCUAAACAACAGCAAGAGGACCUAACACCAACGUUUGAAGAGUAACAUGGACUUCUUGUUUCAACAUAGAGAAGAUUUGACAUUCCACUUAAGCUUCUUUUUUUCUCGGUUUUCUUGUUUGGGUUUGGUUGUUUUUUUUACCUGAAAAAUAAAAUGCCAAAAUGCUUGAAGAGUAAACGAUAAUCCAGAUGUGCAGAAGGCAAAUUUGAUAUUUCAUUUAAGUUACGUACUUGAAGAAUUCAAGAAAACCUAAUUGAACGAAAGACAAGUUCAGUACUUCAUUAAAGUGUUGUU